AUGCAGCAGAUGUUUCUUCCCCGCGGACUUGGCACUUGGGGCCGUUUCUCCAGUGGAAACACUCGGGUGGCGGCCAAGCUCGACGAGUUUGCGCCCAGCUACCUACUAGAACAACCCGACUGCCACCACGGCCUGGGCGACCAAGGAACAGCAGUAGCAUUGGCAAUACACGUCGACUCAGACAGCCUUGUGACCGCCGAUAGAUGA